AUGGCACAGGGUCCUUUCUAUGAUUUAGAUACUGAAGACAGUGAGCUGAAGGAAUGUACUUCAAUGGCUUUGGCCUCCGGACAGUGGAUAAAUGAACAAUGUAAUAAAGGAAAUUUCGUUAUCUGUGAGAAAAAGAUAUCAGUGUUUUUGCCAUCGCUGGAGAGCUAUGUGGCAGGUGUCCCACUAAUGUCAGGCAUAUACACAGUGUCCCAGAUGCAACUGCUACCCUCUCCACCAGACCCAGGACAACAAAUGGUUGAGAUUAUGUUGUUCCCGGGUCUUUGGUUCAGUCAUGAGGGUCGAGUCCUGUCUUUGGAUUUGGUGACGCAGCCAAGUGAUCAGCUGACCUUUGCUAGAGUGCAAAUCUUACGGCCGUACUGCAGCCCAAGUCAUCACCUAGUACCACCUGGUUGUAGUUCUCUCCUGAACCCUUUUAGCUGCUGUUCACUGAUGCCCAUGUGCAACACCACCGGUGGCUGUGCCAGUGGGCAGUACUGGUGUCACCUGCUGGAGAUCUGUCUGCCCGUCACCAGUCCGUGCAGCUCUUACCACUCCUUAAACGGGGGACAUGUAUUCCCCCUGCCUCCCCGCUACCCUGCGACGCCACCGUUCUUCCACUUGAUGGCAGACAUGUCACUGACACUGACCCAAAGCACUGAACACACACACAUCAGUGUUAUAGUACAAGACAAAUAUAUCACUGUCUAUCCUGAUGACAUUCUGGCAUUGCAGCACACUAGAAGAGCAGGUGAAUUUCUACAUUGUGUUGCCACUACCAGCUCAUCCUGGCGCCAGAGUUACCUCUCCCUGCAUGGGCCUGAGUGGGGGGGCUGGUUAGAGGGGGGUCUGUCUGCCCAACCGGGACAGGGCCAAUGGCUAGAUGAACUGGUCUGUGACCUCCGGGUGAUUUACGAGGACACAAUGCCACACUUUGGGGUUUCAGCAAUACCCAGCACCUCACAGAGCAACAGUCCAAUCAAAGCAGAGAGUCCUGUCACAGGGUUGCAAGUUUUAUAUCCAAAGCUUGACAAGGACAUCCAAAUGCAUGUUGCUGUCAAUGUCCCAACCCUCAUUGUCAUCCAGAUCAUUUCAGGAGGAAACGCAACCAGUUCCUGGUCAGACCCUGUGUCUAAGAACGGAGUCCCUUUUGUAUCUUCUUGCCCUGCUGAGAUGCCUGAGAUUGAAGGAGGGUGUGUUAGGGCUUCUCUUGACAUGUGGUUCUCUCAUGUAUACAUGAAGCUUUCUAGUCAAGGGGAACAUAUACUAAAUAUCAUGGCUUCAAACAGCUUGAACUCCCAGACUCUGAGCGUGAGAGUUGUGUCUCAUAUUCCUGUAACUGGCCUGAGAAUCCAGCCUCAGGGCUUCAACAGAGUUCUAGUGGACAUACCACAGUCCCUGACCAGUAUAGCAACAAUACAGAAGCAUGUGAAGAAAGUGAAGCUUUUUACCUCUGAUGAUGGAGCUUUUAUUGAUUAUCCGAUCACAUUUGUAGCCAUCACAGAUGGAGGCAGCAACCUUAAAUUCCUUUGGGAUUUUGGUGAUGCCAAUGAAGGAGCCCUGGUUACAGAAUCCAAUAGACAAGUCCACAAAUACAAUGUUACUGGUGUGUUUGUUGUGAAAUUAACAGCUUACAACAACAUAAGUGAGGUCUCCACUCAAAUGACAAUUAAAGUACAAAAGCUGGAGUGCACCCAGCCACACAUCUACAUUGUAAAAGAUCAAUAUAAAAUAAUAAAAUGCAGACCAAGUUUCUUUGAAGCAAGAGUGGACUUCAACAGUUGUGUUACACACAAAGCAUAUUAUUUCUGGGAGAUCUACAUGGGCCAAGAUUGCUCAGGAAUGGACAAGGUGUCCUUAAAUGAUUCAGUGCAUGUCACAACGCCGCUUCUUUCUCUGCCAAAGCACUCUCUGAAAGUGGGAAACUACUGUCUGACAUUUACUGCCAAACUUCGAGGAACUCCUCUACAGCAGAACAGGACCGUACCGCUUACCGUGGUCCACAGUGAGUUGGUGCCUGUGAUUAAAGGUGGUUCUCACAGGUUCUGGUCAAGUCAGUAUGAUAUGAUUUUGGAUGCAACUGAGUCUUUUGAUCCAGAUUCAGAGGAGAAUGAUAUCGAGUUGUUUCAGUUCCAGUGGGGUUACACUAUAGAGGUACAAACACAACAGCAAUGCCUUCAGCUGUUUCCACCCUUCAUCAACAUAUUCCAGGAAAUGGAAGUAUACUGCUUCUUCCUAGAAGUGCACUGCUGCCAGACAGAAUGUACCACUUUACUCUCACCCUUUACAAAAGUGGACGACAACCUGUCUCUAUAUCACAGUUGGCACAGCCAUUACAUUGCAUUGGCUGGUCAUUGUUCUUCAUGUCAAGACACUGUACAGUACAGGUGGACUGCAGAGAAUCAGAAAGGUGAAGCUCUAACACUGAAUGAGGUCACUACCUUGACAGGAAGUCUCUGGAGAGAAAUAGUCAUUAAACCAGGGGUGCUAAUGGAGGGCCAAGAAUACACCUUUACUCUCAACGUGUCUGAACCAGCCUCUGGGCUUUGGGGGUCGGCAAGCAUCACCUUAGUCUCCAACCAUCCUCCCUACGGGGGUAUUUGCACUCUGUCACCCGACGACUCACUUCAUUUCCUAGAAACCAUGGUCUCUUACAGUUGCUCAGAGUGGAUGGAUGAUGACAGUGACUCAGCUCAGCUGAUAUUUUCACUGCAGGUGGCACAGUGUGAAAAUUUUGGACCAUUAUGUCCCUUGAUUACCCUUUACAGAGGCACUCAGAGCACGUUCAGCUCCCUGGUGCCACUGGGUAGACUGAGCACAGAGGAAAACUUAUCUGUUAUUUACGUGCUGGUGCUGGUCGAGGACAGUAUGGGGGCAUCAGUCAUCGCAGCAAGAAAGAACCUGACAGUGCUGCUGAGAGACCAAUGUACAACAGAGUGGUUGAGGAAUAAGAGCCAGUCAGAGUUAUGGGCCUUGCGCCAACAAGGCAACCCUCAGGACAUUACUCAAUAUUCUGUUGCCCUGAGCAGCCAACUUAAUCAGCUAGCAUCCAUAAAUGCUGAAGAGUUGGAGGACAGGAUUCAGAUACGUGGAAAUGUCAUUCAGGCUCUAGCGUCUCUGCCGGUCUCCUCCUUGCAGGAUGCGGCUCUGAUCAGCUCAGCUUUGGCCCAGUCUACAGUGGUUCCUUCUGAAGUGCAGUGCAACGGCUGCCGUGCAAAGGUGCUGAAGGUCACAGAGAAGAUGAUCAAAGUGAUAAGAGAACAAACAGGACAGGGUGACAUCAACCCCACAGACACCGGCAGGAACAUUCUGGCUGUUUUAAGCAGCACACUGACUGCUGAUCAGAGGCAGAGGAACAAUUCAGGCCUCAAGCAUGUGGAUACAUCAGAGACAGCUGUAUCAGCACUGGGCCAGAUUUUAGAGCUCAUGCGUUCAUUAAUGCGGUCGCGGAUGAGUGGAGAAGAAGCUCUCUCUCUCGCUGUUCCUAAGAUCACUGCGGUGGGUGUACGGGGUGACCCUACUAAAGACCUCCUGUGCACAAAUCCCCUUAGCCACUGCCAGUUUCACAUCCCAUUAGCACUGAGCUCUCAACUAAAGGAGGAAAAACAAGAGGUCCUGCAGAUCCUUCUGCAAAUGGAGGGUGAAGAAAACCCAUUUAUUCCAGCUGCAGAACCUGCUAUAUCAACCACACUUGCAGCCAUGGAGUUUGCUACACCACAGGGACAGCCCAUUUCAAUCGCCAACCUGACACUAGACACUGCGAUACAAUUUACUUUACACAAAAAAGUACAAGAGAUGGAAGAUGAGAGGUUACUAUGGAAAACAUUUACUCUGCCACCCAAGGGAAAUGUAAAUUUUACAGUCAAAGCAAUGGACAAAGAUCCUCAGACUGGCCUCUAUGUUGCCUUAAACUUCAGUCUCAUUCCAGGAGCUGGUGAGGAAGCCUCUGGACUAGUAUGGAUCUCUGUAGAUGACCAACCAGUUCAUCCACUGUCUGAACACACUCAUUCUGAGGAACUCAGUCUCUCUCUUUCAGCUGGGACUCCAUCACUGGAGCACACCAUCUUCCUUACACCGAUCCUGAAUGGCUCUGCCAAAGACCUGUUUGUGAAGCUGAAUGGUAGCGUCAGCGGUGUGGACGUGUCCGUCUCAGUGUGUGUGUUCAGCAUGCUGUGCCGGUUCUUCAGUGUUGAUGAGAGGCGCUGGAGCAGUGAUGGCUUGAGUCCUCUGAGUGGCAGCAGCCCCCAUACUGCCCACUGCCUCACACAUCACCUCACUAUGUUUGGAGCCAGCCUCUUCAUCCAUCCUGAAGCACUUCUACUGCUGCCACCUUCAGAGGAGCCAGUGAGGAAUGUGGUGGUGGGAAUAGUUUGUGGAGUCUUGCUGUUAAUUUAUCUGCUGGUUGGUCUUAUCGCUCACAAACUGGAUCACCUGGAAAGUCUACGUCUUAGCUGGGUUCCUCUGUGUGGUCAGAAAGGUCACUACAAGUACAGGGUUCUUGUCAAAACAGGCUGGAAAAAAGGGUCUGGUACCACUGCACAUGUUGGCAUUAGCCUGUAUGGCCUGAAUAAAAGUGGUUCACGUCACCUUCAAAGAGAAGGAGCUUUCCAGAGGAAUAGCGUGGAUGACUUCCAAGUUGAAACAGAUGCCAAUCUCGGAGAGAUCUGGAAAGUACGCAUCUGGCAUGACAACACAGGCCUAGACCCAUCCUGGUACCUAAAACAUGUGAUAGUCUGGGACAUACAGACAGACAACAUGUUCUUCUUCUUGGUAGAAGACUGGUUAUCUGUGGAGAAUGAGAAGAACUCUGGAAGGGUGGAGAAAAUUAUUUUAGCGUCUUGUCCUCAGGAGCUGCAGCAGUUUAAGAGGAUCCUACAUUCCCAGUUACUGUUUGGCCUUCGAGAGCACCAUCUCUGGAUUUCAUUAUGGGAACGGCCGGCCCACAGCCGCUUUAGCCGAGCCCAGAGGGUCACCUGCUGCGCCCUCUUAUUACAUCUCUAUCUGGCAGCUGGGGCAGUUUGGUAUGGAGCCGUGGGCAGAAAGGGCAGCAGCGGCCCGGUCUCUACCCAGAUGGUGAUGAAUGCAGAGAACAUUCUGGUUGGAAUAACAGUUGCAGCUUUGAUGUUCCCUCUCCAAACCAUUCUCAGAUUUCUCUUCCAAAACACCAAAAGCAAGGUGACAUUGGCGGUAUCUCUGCCUCCCUCUCCUGUGUCUCAUACUGUGGAGAUGGAUGUUUUCCUCAGUCACCCAGAUCUCUCCUGUUCAUCUUUUCUGUCACUGCCGACAGGCCCUGACUCUUCCAUCUAUGAUGGACCAUCUCCUUUCACUAAUUCCCUGCAGAAACUAGAUUCAGAGUUCUGGAAUACUCCAGAUCCCAGGAAUGACCGAAUGGAUCAGUGGCCAUCAUGUGACAGUAUCUUUGGCCUGUCUGAGCUGACAGGAACCAGUCACCUUCUGAAGAGAAAAAAAGCCAUUCUACAACUAUAUUUGUCAACUCCGACCUCUGACCACAACACCUUAGAGCCAAUCAAGUCUUCAGAGGAAGAUCUUAGCACUAUAACUGCAGACCUGGAUCCCUCAAACACACUUUCCUUGGAGCCAGAAGCAUCUGACAGUGGCCAUUUCACACCCAACGACACCAUCCUGUCUGACAUCCAGGACAGCUUGUGUAGUGAGUGGUCUGAUCUGAGUGUGGAUACGCCUACAUCUGAACCUGGCUUUCACAAGUCCUCCUCCUCACUCUCAGUGCUCAGUGAUGCCAGCACAUUUCUCCCUAGUCUCCCACCCGACUCUAUAAGCACCAUCUCCAACACACGCAUUGGUGUUGUUCGUGGUGUACCUGGCUUGUUUCUUCCAUCAUGGGUUCUGCGUAUGGUUUAUCUGCUGGUGGCUGUUUUGCUGGGAACAAGCCUGGCUCUGGUGGGACUAUAUGGAAGCAGGUUUUCCAGCUCUGUGGUUCUCAUGUGGCUGGUGUCUGCCCUGUCAGCCUUCCUCACUUCUGCCUUGCUGUUGGAACCAUUUGCAGUAUGUAUUCAGGCACUAUAUCUGGCUGCUGUGGUGAAACCAGUAGACCCAGAGGUGGAGAACCGUUUGGCUCAGGAGACAGAAGUCAGAAGGAGAGAGGAGGAUCUGGGGGAUAAGGUGCAUCCUCUUUGUGGAUACGGCCUGCUGCAGGCUAAAGAGGAAGCACGGAAGCUGAGAACACUUAGAGCCUUAAUGAGGAGCUGCUUAGUCUAUAUGCUCUUCCUGUUGGUGGUUCUGAUGGUGAACUACCAGGAAUAUGUUCAUGAGGCUAACAGCAGACGGCUUCACUCGGCUAUUAAACACACACUGAUCAGGGCUUUACCAGGUCAGCCCAGUCUCACUGCAUUAUCAGGAUGGAUGGAUGCAGAACAGUGGGUAGAUGAGAGAUUAAUAUCACACCUGUUUGAAAACCCUUCUCUUUCUUUAACUGGCCCUGCAAGACUGCAGAAAGUUCAUUUUCAAGACUUCUGCAGUCAAGACAUCAGAGAUAAGUUCCAAUCUGGUCGACUUCCUUUGAUGCUGACUGCUAAUGUUUCAUCACAUGCCAACCCUGUACACCAGAGCUCCUCAACACACAGCAAGAACACUGCAGCACUUUCAACAUGGCCGAGGACUGAGAGUGCAUCAUGUGCAUUCAGUCAGACAGAGGAAGUAGUGCUUGGGAACAACAGUGAAUUCACACGUCGGAUCCUGUCGGGCUUACAGACAACAAAGUGGAUGACAACAGGGACAAAGGCAGUAUUGAUUGAGUUCACUCACUAUCAUAAACAGACAGGCGUCUUGGCACCGGUCUCUAUUCUCCUGGAUCAAACACAGACAGGCAGAAUCCUUUCUUUCAUUUCCAUCCAGCCUUUACACGUCUCUCCAUUAUCUGGUCCAGACUUACACGUCACAUUGACGGUUCUGCUACUGCUGUUUGCCCUGUGCUUUGUGAGUGCUGAAGUAUGGGCCUUGAUCAGAAAGCCAAGUCAAUACCUGAGGCAAGCCUGGCGCUGGUUUCAGCCAUUGUUAGCUCUUCUGACGCUAGCAGCAGCUGUUCUUCAUCUGUAUUUCCUCUACACGACUGCAGCCUUCAUCUCCAGACAUUGCUCCAGGCCCUCCUGCUUUGCUGACUUCCAUAGUGCUGCCACACUGGCCAGAAAUCAAAGUGUAGUGCAGGACUUGAGAGGUAUGUUUUUACAGAUGGUGGGGAUCCUGCGGUUUGUUAGGCGAUGGUUGGUGAUAGGACGGGUUAUUCGACAAGUAUUCCCUCAGAUCUGUGGCGUGGUGUUCCUGCUGCUCCUCCUGUUGCUUCUAUUCUCUCACACAGGCAUCAUGCUCUUCUCAGGUUCAGUAGAGGGCUUUAGGACCUUAGGGCAGGCCAGUUCCUCUCUGCUGUGUUUGUUAAGGGGGCACAUGGGGUUGCGUCGACUUUGUGAGCAUCAUCCUGUGGUGGGACCUCUCUACUGCCUGUCUGCCGUGGGCAUUGGAUUUUGGGUACUGGGGCGCCUAUGUGCUGCUGUAUUGAUUCGAACAUACCGAAUGGUACAGGCAGACAUUUACAGACCAUCCAUGGAGCCGCAGGACUAUGAGAUGGUACAGUUCCUCAUUAAACGCCUCAAGCUAUGGAUGGGGCUUAGCAAGACCAAAGAGUUUAGGCACAGAGUCAAGUUUGAGGGAAUGGUUCCUCCACCCUCUAGAUCCUCCCAGGGCUCUGAAGCCUCCAACUGCUCUGUCCCGCUCAGUCCCAUCGGUCCUCGCCAGGUAUCAUCUGCCUCUUCUUUGGCCUCCAAUUCAUCUGUCAUUUCAGGGUGUUUUGACUUCCACCAUUAUGUGGACCGCCUGGUGCCCUGUGUUGACAGCCUCAUGGCUGGUUUCGACCGCGUCAACCAGCUGACCGAAGAAGUCUAUAACUUUGAGCUCCAACUUCAGCAGAUCCAGAGCAGAAUUUACCAGAGAAGAAAGUCUCAGCCUCAGCAGGUGACCUUCGAGGGAUGUGAUCCAACACCAAAGCUGCCACCGCUUCCUCGACAUCCAUCUACCUCUGUUUUGGAAUGUAACCACACUCCAGCUUCUCUUCAAGGUGUCAUUAAUACCCUUCCACAUUGCCGUGCUACACACUCAGAGUCCUCCCUGAUGGGGCCUGCUGCUCAGUUAGGUAAGAGAAUACUUUCUGCACUGGAUGGAAGCAUGAACAGCCCAAACCUGAGAAAAUGGGGUGUCCCAAGACGCAGGGCCUGGAAUUCAGUCACCUGCCAUUCUGCUGACACUGCUCAGAGGUUACCUGGAUCUCACAGCACUGUGGCCUUGCCAGUGAGACCCCGGAGUGAAGACGGAGACCGAGAGCAUGUAUGUGACAGCAUGCCGAUUAAGAGACGGGCAUGGCACACUGAAUAA